AUGACCAAAAUUUAUAAUUUACUGACAAUGAAAAAAAUUUUUGACUCAGAAGUCAAGAUGGUACAAUGGUUAAAGACGUCUGGUUGCACUGUUAAAAAAAUGUUUCAGCUAAAACUCGUCCCCACCAUCAUCUUCUUCCUCAUCCUGAUUACUGGAUCCAACUCCCAAAUUAUCUGCCGUGACAAAACUUCUGACAGCGGAGUUCCAGAAUGUGUGAGUGGGAUUUAUAAGGAUUCCCUGGCGAAAAGUUGCGAAGUGGAUUUUGGAAGGACUGCGAUAGAUGGGGAUUUGUCGUCCCUCGAAACUACAGUGGCACUUUUGGAGAAGAUGGUGGAUUAUUUGGAAUUUUAUUUGAAUAGUAAUUUAACCGUCGAGUAUGUGAAAGGUGAGAAGGGAGCCACAGGGGCCACAGGAAUGUUUGGGGAUACAGGAUUUACCGGAUUACCUGGACCGAAGGGACGGUUGGGAAGCACGGGAGCUCCAGGGCCUAUUGGAACUCCUGGAAUCCCUGGACAAAUAGGACCAAGAGGAUCACGUGGUCCUUCAGGUUCAACAGGUCCCAUUGGGACCACUGGAAAACGCGGACCCAAGGGAAAAGCCGGGGCAAGAGGAAUGACAGGAUUGACCGGAGCAACGGGAGUCACCGGAUUCACCGGAAUGCGUGGGUUUUUUGGAAUCAAUGGCCAACAACCUCGACAGUUUCUUAACUUAUUUGGCAUCUUUCGGGCUCAGCCAUUUGUUCCAGUAGACGAGUAG